AUGUUAUCCGACAUUCUGGCCGUGUUCGUCGUUACACUUAUCUCAUCAUUGUUUUUACCCACCACAUAUGUGCACGGUCUUCCGAGUUCAUCAUCAACCCUGCACUAUAUUCGUCGUCAUCCAUCUGCUGAUUUAUAUUCUUCACUCAGGCUCUUACGUCAUCAUCCAAUACCGAGUAUUGAUUAUGAUUUAGGUGGUGAUACUUCUCAAAUGUUGAUUGGCGAAAGCAACGAAUUACCAACAAUUAACGACCAUGAUGACGAUGAUUCAUCAUUCUUUGCUUCUUCUCUUCAUGCACCUCAUGAGCCAUUCGAGUUUUAUCAUCAACCAUCAUCAUCUAAAUCAUUGUCUAGAAAAUUAUUAUUAUUAUUAACAAAUCAACAACAACAACAACAAAAAGAAAGAAAUGAACAACAACAGAAACGAUCCCCUUCAUCAUUACUCAACACACCACCUUCAUUACCGACACAAUUCGAUUUCAAUUCGGCUCUUCCCAAAGAAAUAUAUGCUGAUCCAUCUCAUGCAAAUAGCAUUGUCAAUUUGAGUCAGUUGAGUGACUCGACACGUUUGUCACCUUCACUCAAGCUUUUGGUUGAAACAAAUCCGUUUGCGCGUGCUUGGCUUACUCUACUUUUACAAAAAGUCAUGGAAGAACAACAAGUACCGUACAUUUUCAAGUAUGGUCGACGACGCAAGAAAUAA